CAACAUUCAAAAUCCAGAAAAAAACAUAACUGACUACUGAAACCGAGCUGAUAACCGAUUUUUAUUAAAUCGUUGAACUAAACCGAACUUACAACCGGAUCUGAACCGAAACCAAUUCAAAACCUCUCCGAAUCCAAACCCUAGCUUCCCCUCUCUCAUUCCCCCACCUCUCAGCAAUGUCCAGCCUCAGAAGAGCCCUCCUCGUCGCAGGCAAGACCAAACUCAACCUCCAAAACUGCCACUUCAUCACCGGGAUCAACUACAACGGCCUAACCGUCAAACAGCUACAAGAGCUCCGCGGGAUCCUCCGCGAAAACAGCAACACGAAGCUCCUCGUGGCCAAGAACACUCUCGUCUUCAAAGCCUUGGAAGGGACCAAAUGGGAGUCUCUGAAGCCGUGUAUGAAAGGCAUGAACGCUUGGAUCUUCGUUCAGACGGAAGAUAUCCCCGCGGCGUUGAAGGCUUUCGUGAAUUUCCAGAAGGAGAAGAAGCUGUUUGAUAAUAAUUUGGGUGGGGCUGUCUUCGAGGAGAAGCUGUAUGCUCCUCAGGAUUAUAAGGUUAUUGAAACGAUGCCGUCGAGGGAUGAUGUGUAUGGGAUGAUGUUUGGGGGUUUGCAUUGGCCUGGGUUGGAUCUCGUUAAUACGUUGGAGGCAACGGCUGUGUCUGAAAAUGAGAGUGUUGCAGCUGCUUAGAGGAGUUUGCAAAUUUAUCAGUGAGCUGAAAAAGAAUUAUCUUUUGUGUUUGUUCUUCCGAAUCAAAGAUAGUAUUUUUGUUAGAAUAAAAAUCUGAACUUUGGUUUCUGGAUUUGUUGCAAUUGGAUUGAGAUUUCUUGUCUUGUACUGUUUAUUUGAAGUGUUGGCUGCUUGAAUGGUUAAAAUAACAAUACUUGCUGUAUGUAGACUCGAGAUCCUCUGAAUCCAACAUGUUUCAGCCUUUUAGGUAAA